AUGGCGAAGCACAACAUCAGCCUGAUGAUUGCCGUGGUGCUGGCGUUGGUGUUCUUCGUCGUCACUAUGGUGUUCACUGCUCUGGCGGGGCCGGGAAUAUAUCCCUUUCUGGAGUCCACCGCUAAUAUUUCAGACGCGUUUGUAACCCAGGUGACACCAGCAGGAUGGACUUUUACUAUUUGGGCAAUCAUUUACAUCUUCCUGGCUUUAGUGGUGGUCUACGUCGUCUCCAGCAUCUUUAGGAAGAACGCGUAUGGUUACGUCUACUGCAGCCCGCCAGUUUUGCCGCAUGGAUUCUUCGUCGUUUGGUGCUUGAACUUGAGCUUAAAUACGGCAUGGCUGUUCCUGUGGGACAGAAAGUUAAUGGCUGCUGCGCUGGUUUUCCUCAUCCUCAUCGCCUUGACUAACUACCUGAUGAUAUUCUUCUCCUGCCACGGUCUCCACAUCUACGGAGCCUGGCUCACAACGCACCACCGAGUAGACCUGUGGCUUCACCGUGUGUUGGUCCAGAAUGGUAUUGCCAUUUAUGCCACAUGGACAACCAUUGCAUCCCUGAUUAACCUGACCAUUGUGCUGACUUAUGAUGCCAACAUGUCCCCGGAGGACGCGGCCACCGUCUCACUCUCGGUGUUGACAGUACUGGUUUGUUUGUGGUUUGUCCUGGAAAACUUUGUCCUGGACAAAUAUGUGAGGUACAUUCUCUCCAUUUACCCCGUCGUGAUCUGGGCUCUGGCGGGGGUGUUCAGCAAAAACGAGGACACUCGCAAUAGCAUCUUCGUUGUGGCGCUGCUGGCUGUCGCCUGUACCAUGUUUGCCGGCCGGAUAUUUUUGGUGAUCUGGAAGCACAUCAAAGAUCCUUUUUACAACGAUCUCAACUCAGAGAGCAUGACUCCAAUGGAGGUCGCUGAGAAGCAGAAACAUAUAUUUAUAUAA